CUUCACUUUGACGGAAAAUCAAGAUGACAUAAUGUAUGAAGCUAAAAUUAUUGGAGGUAGUGCGCCAGCUAAGAAUGGAGUCAUCAUCAGAAAGAGUCAGUUUGCCCUGGACGUUAUAUGCAAAUAUGACAGAUUGGCUGAAAUUGAACCAGCUAAAUUUGUUGCAACAAGGGGGAAAGUAUCGUACAGAGAUGAGAAAAUGGGAGAGUUUACAUUUACUUUGAAACUCUAUGAAAAUGCAAACACCUCAAGGGUUCUCUCUCCUGAAAAAGAGAUUGCUACAACUGAGAAUGUUUUUGCUGACGUGCGAUUGACAGAUGCUGACAAUUCUGGUUUGAAAAUGGGAGUCCAGAAUUGUUUUGCAUCUCCAAGUGAGGACAGAAAGAAUGCUAUCAACACCUACUCACUCAUUGAAGACAGUUGUUUCAAAGAUGACACUGUAUUCACUGUACGAUCAUCAGGAACUCAAUACAAAUUUGGAUUCCUGGCCUUCCAGUUCACUGGAGAUAUCAAAGAGAUCUACCUCCAUUGUCAGGCUGCCGUUUGUAAAGAUGAUGACAAAACUGGAGCAUGUAACCAACCAAA